AUGCUCAAGACAGCCUCCUGGUCCAAGAGAGCUUAUUCAAGUGUCCCUGUCACAUAUUUCCACCCUACUAUAUAUGCAUUGUCGACUUCACCAGGUCAAAAAUCGGCAAUCGCGGUGGUAAGGGUUACUGGAACUCACUCUAAAUACAUAUUGCAACAACUGACUGGAUCACAGAAUGAACCAGUCGCUCGAAGAGCUUCACUGCGAAACCUAUACAGCGCGGUACGCGAAAAGAAAAUCUUAUUAGACUCUUCGUUAACCCUCUAUUUUGCCAAUCCGAGGUCCUUUACAGGGGAAGAUAUGCUGGAGCUGCACUUGCACGGUGGCAGAGCGGUGGUAAAAAGCGUUUUAAAAGCCAUAGAAGAACUUGGCGAUAGGAAAAAUGGCCUCGACAUACGGUACGCUCAGCCUGGCGAGUUUUCGCAGCGAGCCUUCCAGAAUGGACGCAUGGAUUUGACUCAGAUUGAAGGGGUUGGGGAAUUGAUAGAUGCAGAAACAGAGACACAGCGCCGGUCUGCGACUUCCGGUCUAACAGGUCAAAAUAAGCAGGUCUUUGACCGCUGGCGAUCCACUAUCGUAUCCAACAUUGCCCAAUUAACUGCGCUCAUAGAUUUUGGGGAUGAUGCAGAAAUUGAAGACAUCGACCAUAUAGUAGAAGCUGCCAGACAGGAAAUGCAUGGCCUGAGAGAGGAAAUGCACCGAUUUGUCCGCAAAGUUGAUAGAUCUAGCAUUUUACAGAACGGUAUAAAAGUUGCGCUUUUAGGCUCACCAAAUGCUGGCAAGUCGUCAUUGUUGAACUGCAUAACAAACGAGGACACUUCCAACGUUAGCAAUAUCCCAGGAACAACGAGAGACGCUAUCGAUGUUCCUAUCGACGUUAAGGGCUAUAAAGUUGUACUUUGCGAUACUGCGGGUAUAAGGCACGAAAGCGAGGAUCGAAUAGAGUUAGAGGGUAUUAAAAGAGCGAAAGCAAAAGCUUUUCAGUGUGACUUGGCAGUGCUCGUUGUGGACCCCACAAAGAAGCCCUACAUAGGUCCCGGCUUACGCGAACUGGUCAAUACCGGAAUACCGCAUAAAAAUACAAUCAUUGCUAUCAAUAAGAUGGAUUUGGUGGAUCCGCAGACCAUAAAAGAGGUCGUGCUGGACUUACAAACUUCCUUUGAAAAACAAUUCGCCAUUACUUCGGUUUCAUGCCGUGACUUGCGAGGCAUUGAGGAGCUUGUAAACCAUUUAUCAGCAUUUUUCGAAGAGUUCACAGGAACGACGACACAAGACUCAGAUCCUAUUGCGGUAUCAAGGCGAGUUCAAGAAAUCAUGGUCAAAGACGUUUUGUUCGGUGUUGACGAAUUUUUAGCUAGUUCAGAAGACAUCGUUAUGGCUUCGGAGAAUCUUAACUAUGCCGCCGAUGGCAUAGGUAAAAUAACGGGGCAGUCUGUUGGAAUAGAAGAAGUUCUUGGCGUCGUUUUUUCCCGAUUCUGUGUUGGUAAGUAG